AUGGUGAACAGUGCCGGCACCGGCGAGGGUUCUGGUUCCUGUCCACCCUCAAAGCCUCCAAUGGCGCCGUCAUCUUCACAGCCAUCUUCUAUAACAGCCAAUUAUGAUUCUCCAGCUCUACAUUUCGGUCAAAUUUCACGCCGACGCUCCCCGAGAUUACUUAACUGUAGUAAAGACGGCAAGGAUAGUUCUGUAGAUUUUAACAAAUGUCCGAAGCAGAAGAAGCUUAGGACGACUUCACCUUCUGACUCCUUUCCGUCUUCACCCAAUGAUGCCCCUUUCUUGAUCGGCGAUCCAGUUUCCGAUGAAGAGGCUCGACGGAGAUGGCCUUGGCGUUACGAGUGUAAGGGACUCAAACACAAAGGAUGCUUCGCAGAAACCAACAAAGAUGAUGAUGACAAGUUGAUUGCGAAUGUGAAAUGUCAUUAUUUACAAGCUAAGGUUGAGACGCAUGUCUUUGAUCUUGGUGAUUGUGCAUGUGUGAAGGGUGAAGAAGAUGGCCACAAUCAUGUUGGUAGGAUACUUGAAUUUUUUAAAACAAAUGACAGCAAAGAUUUUUUCCGAAUUCAAUGGUUUUUCAGAGCUGAAGAUACGGUAAUACAGGAUGAAGCGGCAUCUCAUCACAAGAAGCGGUUGUUCUAUUCUACCUUAAGGAAUGACAACGCAUUAGAUUGCAUUGUCUCAAAAGUAAAAGUACUCAAAAUAGUACCUGGUGUAGACUUCAGGUCUAUUCCGGCAUGUGAUUAUUAUUAUGACAUGAAAUACAACAUAGAUUACUCCACAUAUUGUACAAUAAAAGAUGAUUUUUCUUCAGAUGAUUGCUGUUUGUUCUCAUCCCACAAUAAGAAGGAAAUGCAUAGUAAUGGAAGCAAGACUAAUCUAAAUGGAACGCUAACCAGUUUUAAACCUCACAAAUUAGAGUUAUCGCUAUUAGAUAUGUAUUCCGGUUGCGGUGGAAUGUCAACAGGAUUGUGUUUUGGAGCAAAGCUAUCUGGCGUGGAUCUAUCGACGAAAUGGGCUGUAGAUGCCAACCAACAUGCAUGUGAAAGCUUCAGGUUGAACCAUCCAGAGACACAAAUUAGGAACGAAUCUGCUGAGGACUUCCUCGACCUUAUAAAGGAGUGGGACAAACUCUGCAAAAAGUAUAUGGUCAAGGAGGAGAAAACGCAAGGGAAUGAUUCCACAUUUGCUGGAUCAGCUGAUGACAAACCUUCAAAGGCCAAAAAAAUUGUCCCAGAAGAUGAAUAUGAAGUUGAAAGACUGGUUGAUAUAUGUUACAGUGAUCUUGAUGGUACUAGCAAGCGUGGGCUCAAAUUUAAGGUACGUUGGGCUGGGUAUGGUCCAAGUGAUGAUACAUGGGAGCCAAUUAAGGAGUUAAGCAACUGCCAGGAAAAGAUCCGUGAGUUUGUCCAGAAGGGAAUCAAGACAAACAAAUUGCCUCGUCCGGGUGAUGUUGAUAUCAUCUGUGGUGGUCCUCCAUGCCAAGGAAUAAGUGGUUUUAAUCGCCAUAGGAAUUUCGAAUCUCCUUUGGAAGAUGAAAAGAAUUAUCAAAUUGUAGUCUUCAUGGAUAUAAUUAACUUUCUGAGGCCAAAGUACAUCCUAAUGGAAAAUGUGGUUGACAUAUUGAGGUUUGCAAAUGGUCGGCUUGCAAGAUAUGCAAUAAGUUGUUUGGUUCGUGAUUAUUACCAAGUAAGGCUAGGGAUUAUGGCAGCCGGGUGUUAUGGCCUUCCUCAAUUCCGCUUGCGUGUAUUCUUUUGGGGUGCUCAUUCUGAUGAGCAAUUGCCGCCAUUUCCUCUUCCUACUCAUGAUGUGGUCUUCAAAUAUGGGGGUGCAAGUGGGUUUGAGCGUAAUGUUGUUGCUUAUGAUGAAGGGCAAUUUCGGAACCUUGAGAAACCCGUUCUUCUUAAAGAUGCCAUUUCUGAUCUUCCACUGGUCUCAAACUCCGAAGUUCGUGAUAAAAUGAUGUAUAGAAGUGCUCCAGAAACUGAGUUCCAAAAAUACAUUAGAGCUACCAAAUCAGAUAUGUUGGGCAUUGCUUCUGGAAGUUCCUCUGAAGUAGAGAAGUCUGUACUACAUGAUCACCGGCCUUUGCAAUUAAACGAGGAUGACUAUUUGCGAGUUUGUCGAAUCACAAAAAGAAAGGGAGCAAAUUUUAGAGAACUCCCGGGCAUUGUUGUUGAUGAUGAUAAUGUUGUAAGCAGGGCACCAGAGGCGGAGCUGAUGCCAUCUGGAAAACAUUGGGUUCCUGACUAUGCAAUAAAUUUACAUGAAAGGAAGUCUACAAAACCUUUUGCACGGUUAUGGUGGGAUGAGACGGUUUCGACCGUGAUUUGUACGCCAAAUUUUCGUUGUGAGGCAGUUCUACACCCAGAACAAGAUAGGGUCCUGACUAUUCGUGAGAAUGCAAGAUUGCAAGGCUUUCCCGACUUCUAUGCAUUAUGUGGUACUGUAAAUGAAAGAUACCGACAAGUGGGUAAUGCUGUGGCAGUCCCAGUUGGACGUGCAUUAGGCUAUACGCUUGGAAUGGCAGUACAAAAGCUGUGUGGAGACGAACCUCUAAUCACUCUCCCACCAGAGUUUGCGCAUUCUACAACCCUGGACUUGUUGCAGGCAUCCUCAUUAGCAACCGAACCUUGAUAUAUAUAAUUGUUGUAACCAUUUAUACACCAUGUCAUUUGUCCAGAAUUAGGGCCGCUAACUACAAUAAGCAACUGUUGGUUUGAAUUUCAAGUUCCCGUACAC